CGCCUCCGUCUCUCUUAGCAACCAAGAGACGCUGAAGACAAUUCAUUCGUUGGAAACUACACCAGUUACAUUCUAUUUACACCUAUUCGUUUGGUCGACGCUUUUUUCCGAAACGACGUGUGAGAAAGUGCAUCCGACAUUAAACUAUGGCAGAAGUGGAAGAAACACUGAAAAGAAUACAAACUCACAAAGGUGUGAUUGGAAUAAUUGUUGUCAAUGCAGAAGGUAUCCCGAUCAGGACGACCCUGGACAACUCCACCACCGUUCAGUAUGCAGCGCAGUUACAUCAUCUCACCAUGCUGUCCAGAAGUGCAGUCAGAGAACUCGAUCCUCAGAAUGACCUCACAUUCCUUCGCAUUAAAUCAAAAAAGCAUGAGAUCAUGGUAGCACCAGAGAAAGACUAUCUCUUGGUUGUAAUCCAGAACCCAAGCGAAUAGGGUUUCUUUACUCAACCUGAAGUCCCCUGAUUGCAAGUCAAGAAUCCUUAUUUCUCGUACACAUUCCAAAGGGCUCUUCCCUAGCUGUUGUUUCAUUAGUCAGUUCCAUUCUACAAAUGGCUUGUUUAAUUCAUUUACCCUUAUUAGUUUAGCUGAUGCCUUUUUCCAAAGCGAUUUACAAUGUUAAACUACUUGCAAUUAUUUACCCAUU